CUUAGCUAGCUUGGCAAGGCAACGACCAUGGUGAUGGCGGAGUCGGAGGAGACGACCAGGAAAGGGCCGUCGUCUCAGCCGCCGCCGGCGUGUCGGCGGCUGACGGUGUGGUGCAAGUCGCUGGUGUUCCGCGGCGAUGGGUACGCGGUGUUCGACGACGCGGACGGGCGGAUGGUGUUCCGCGUCGACAACUACGGCGUCGGCCAGGGCAGCGACAUGGCGCUCAUGGACCACGCCGGCCGCGUCCUCCUCACCGUCCGCCGCCGCCACCGCAAGAUGCUGAGCUUGAUGCCGGAGACAUGGGAGGUGUACAAUGGCGACGUCGAAGGCAAGGUGAUCGAUGGCCACAGCGUCUAUCAAAAGGCAGUCGACGGCGAACCUCGCCUCGUGAUGAGAGCCACCAAGGAUCUGUGCAGCUCCAGCUGCACCGUCUCUGUGCUAGCGGCUGACAAACCAAUCCUCUACCACCUGAGCUGGUCGAGGCGGGACGAAUGGUCGAGGAUCUACCGGUGCGGCUCUACCGGUGACAACACUCUCGUCGCCGAGGUGAGGCGGAAACUUGGAGGGCCAGAGAAGACGACAUUGCUGGGCAAGGACGUGCUGUCGCUCGUGGUUCAGCCAGGGAUGGACCAUGCCAUCACCAUGGCCAUGCUCAUGAUCUCCAACUCGUACCGAUGACCUAGCCAUAUACCUGAAUCGGCAAGGCCAAAUGCUAAUGCACAUAGAAGCUUUUAAAAUGUUGGUGGGCUGUCAGAGUAGAUCAAAAGUAUACCCGAUUGCAAAUCUUGUAUUCUUGGGCAUUCAUUCGAGUAUUGCAUUCAUCCCUCCGGAAAUAGUUACAAGGUAAACCAUGCAUUGCAAUAAUGCUGAAGUACUAUACACGUCGUCUUGUUACCAUUUCAUCUACAUCCACACCAUGUUUCCAAUUGACAAGCCAAGAAUUGGAUAUAACAAAUAAUAAGGGAAAUGUAGGCAA